AUGGCAUCAGACUCUCAAUCCACCGCUCCGACAUCUGUACCCCCCGCGGACAUCGACCCCAUCUGGACUUCAAGUCGUACCGCGCGGCAAAUAUAUGCUCUCGGAGAAGUAGAGAAGGAUAUCAGCCGGCUGCUCUCGCUAGCCGCCUCGUCCAUCUCUCUCUUGACCCUGCCUCAAACGGAUGGCCCGGACGAUGGUCUGCCACAAGGCGGGGAGCGAUCUGAGCAAUUUGUGUUGGAAGUGAGCGAGUACUUUGAGCGCCUCGACAGCAUCCACAUUGCAAUCCGUUCUUCGUUAGCACACAUCCGCCAGUCGCGAAUCGCGCCCUCUGCCAUAAAUGCGCCUCCGCCCGGGUUUGUGCCGCCGUCGCUUGGCGUUGGAAUUCCUUCAGGCGGGAAUGAGUAUAGCAAGGGCAGCCGGGGUCUGCAGGAGGAAAGGGUGGAGCGAGAUGCGUGGCAGGCCAUUCUUGAUGCUCUCGUUCGUUUGAAGGAGGCAAGGGCAGUGGAGGCGGAAUGA